AAUCAAUACAUCCACUUAUUGGAUUAAAUCGACACCACGCGCAUUUUUUCCUUCAUCUUCUCCUGAGUUCUCUGAGGCAGGAGGGCAGAUAUAACUGAUAGAAAGUUUUUAGGGAGCGAACUCAUCUACAAGAGGAGAGAAGACAUCAUUAUCGGUGUAUUUAAGCUCCUAAAUUCACCGGUGGAUGAACUUGUGAACUGAACGGAAUAAAACAUUGGAGAAAAUGAGGAGGUUUUGCGGAGCACUUCAACACCAGCUCCUCCUGCUAUUGGCUGCUGCCAUGGCGACAGCCCUUGAUUCUUCACACAACCUGGCCAGUGAGAGGAGUUCAAUAGAAAGCACGUAUGAGCUGACCAAAUACCUGGAGUAUCAGCUCAAGGAAAUCAAAGUCAUAUAUCUGACCUACCUUGGCCCCCCAUUCAAUGAGAAAGACUUCUCCCCUCCUCGACCCAACAGUACUGCUCUGUCCCUGCCCAGCGCUGCCACCCGCCUGGAGCUGUGGCACGGCCUGGAAAACCAAGCUCGGCUUGCCCAGAACCAGAAGGCCUACUCUGUCCUGCUGGCAGCCGUCAGGGAGUUGGCCCGCUCCACUCUCUGCCCCUCCCUCAAAACCUCACUACUGCACUUUUGCACAGGCCUGGAUGGCCUGCUGGGCUCCAUAUCGGCACUGAUGACCACCCUUGGUUACGCACUUCCACCUUCAUCUGCAAACAUGGGAAGUAACGGCGGAGAGCUGCAGUACCCUCUGAGGGGGGCAGGGGGUGACCGGCCUGCUCCACUCAUGAGCCAGAGCCUUUACAGGUCCAGAGCUGGGACGAGGACACAGUCUGGUCAGCGCAACAACCAAAGAAGAAGUGGGACAAGGGUGGUCAGAGGAGAGAGGGAGGACAGUGUCGGAGGGCGGAGAGGGAAAGAGGGGAGGAGGGCGGACGCGGCCGCAGCUGGAGGAAGGAGUGGGAGAUCUAGGGAGAAGGGAAGAGGAGAAAGAGGGAGGAGAGGGAGGAGGGAAGAGCCAGAGAGCUGGAAGUGGGCUGCUGGAGAAGAAGAGAGAGCAGGAGAAUGGGAAGAAGAGGCACAGGAGGAACAGGGAGGGGAGGAGAGAUGGGAGAGGAGACGGUUGUUGAGUAUCAGUGAGGAUGAAGAGAAGGAGAGGCAGUUUGAACCCAGGGUAGAAGUGUCGUACCCAGGCACAGACGGCUCCCUCCAACAACCGACCAUCCAAACCAUCGGCAAUCAGUACAGCUACAACCUGAACUCACAUCACAUCGACACACUCAGAAAAGAAGAUGGAUUCACUGUAGAGAGAAGAGGGGUAAUAGUGGCGGAGGAGAGGCAAACAAACAUGGAAGCUUCCUCCUCUUCCUCCACUUUCCAUCAUCAGCGUCGGCCUCCUCGCUCCCUCCUCUCCCCCACCCUCCAACCUCCUCUGUCCACCCUCUCCCUGCUCUACCAGUUUGGAGCAGGUGAGGAGCACACCCUCCUCUCCCAGCCCGUCCCUCUGUCUUUACAAAGGGGCACCUCCCUCCUUUCACCUCCUCUGACUCCGCUCCUUUCUUCCACCUCCUCCACCUCCUCUUCGCUGUUGUCGGUGCGGCCGACAAUGAACGACUUUGCCAGGAAAGUGGAGGGGUUUUGGAUAUUGAGAGAGCUGCAGAGUUGGCUGUGGCGGUCGGCGAAGGACUUUAACCGCCUCAAGAAGAGACUCAGAGGCUGAGAUGUCGAGACGCUCGAGUGCAGUUUAUCGGAAAUCUAUUAUUUGCACAAAAUCUGAGUGGAAACAAACUGAGAGGUUUAAACAGACAGAAGCACAUUAACACAUUCAUGCUUAACACAUUCAUUCAUACCGUACUGGAAUAAGUGAAUGAAGCACUAUUUGGCAGGUCACCAGAAGCGCUAAUGGAAUAUAACACACACAAAGCCAACACAUUACCAGCACUGUCACCCGCCUGAUGCACAUAGCAGCUCAUUGAGCGAGACACUGAGACUGGGCUGAGUUACCGGACUUCACGGCUCAUAGAUCAACAGAAAUACCACUGUAGGUGGUUAGACACACAUACACACACACACACCGCACACGGGGUUAGACCGAGUGACAGGCGGAGAGACAAACAGUGCAGCCAUUGAGUGCAAACUGAUUCAGUGACCCCCAGAUGUGUGAAUCAGCAAACAUUCAUUUUCUCUAAAUGAAGAAAUUUUCUGAAUGGGCAAAAGACAAAAGGAGAGGAGGAAAUGGCCAGAGGGAUGAAGAGGAGGAGAGGAAGAGGCAAGAAAGGGAAAGGAAGACGGGAGGAGGGGUGAGUCAGGGGAUGAGCGUUGGAAAUAACGGGCAGAGGGGUACUGCUUAGUAAUCAGAAGUCAACUGGUCAGUUACAGUAAUUCUACAACAGCGCUACACAUACUGUCUAGACACACAUACACACACACCGUUGUGUUUCCAUCAAUCAGAAGACAUUACAUCGACUUGCAUUCAUUUCCUGAAGACUUACCCUAACCAAAACCAGUGACCCAAAAUUAGGGCCACAGCUUUUAUUCCCGACUGGACAAGCUGUCCCCAAUAAACUGGUCUUGAGUCCCAGAGGGUAACUUAAGUCAUACACACACACACACACACACACACACACACACACGCACGCACCCACACCUUAGUGCCUUAACAAAUCUUUCACUUCUUUGCUGCUUUUCAUUCAGUGCUCACUCAUUUAUACCAUGUUUUUAAUGACUUCACUCCGUAGCAAAUAUUUUACACAGUUUUAAAAUGUUUUAGAAUAGAAUCAAUUAUCCUAAAGAAACAGUUUUGUCUUCUUUGUGUAAAGAAAUAGUUUGACAUCUUGUGAAACACACUUAUUUGCUUUCUUGCUGAGAGUAAGAUGGGACCGCCAAUACCUCCCUCACACUUGCAGCCACAAUACAUGGGACACCGACAUGGUGUGACAUGUCUGCCGCAGCAUGCCCGCAGCAGAGUGGGUCCAUUAUAAUCAACUGAGGCUGCUCCACUGUCCACGGAAGCUACGCUUGCUCAUGUGGGCAUUGCGUGUCUCUUCUCUAUCUGUCCACGCUGGUCAAUUAUUGAAAUGAAUACCUCAUUUUACCAGAGGCAAUGUGAAGCAUGUGCUUCCACAUUUCACAUCAAAAUAAAUGUCUCCUGUAGUUAAAAUGAUCCGUUUAAAUAAUUCAGCACCAGUUAAUAUAGUCCACACUUCUAA